AUGGACAUCCUGUAUGAAUGCUAUGAAGAUGUGGCCAGUGGCAGUGAGAUCAGGAGUGUUGUCUUGGCUGGCAGUCGAUUUUAUGAAAAGGAAGGCCUCCCUGCCUUCCCUAUGGGUAAAAUUGACCAGACCCGGAUGUGGAAAGUCGGCGAGCGUGUGAGAGCUCAGCGUCCAGCUGGUGAUUUGGGACCUCUUUAUCCUUUCACGGCAGGAGUUUUUGUGGCACUCAUGAUGGCCCAGAUAGAGAUCUUGAGGAAGAAGGGGCACUCCUACUCCGAGAUCAUAAAUGAGAGUGUGAUCGAGUCCGUGGACUCGUUGAAUCCUUUCAUGCAUGCUCGCGGUGUAUCUUUCAUGGUGGACAACUGCUCGACAACAGCGCGGUUGGGAUCAAGGAAAUGGGCCCCAAGAUUCGAUUACAUCCUCACACAGCAGGCGCUGGUUGCAGUCGACAACAGCUCCCCCAUCAACCAGGACCUCAUGAGCAACUUCCUGUCAGACCCUGUGCACGGUGCCAUCGAAGUAUGCGCCCAGCUGAGGCCCACCGUCGACAUCUCCGUGCCCGCAGAUGCAGAUUUCGUCCGCCCGGAGCUGCGGCAAUCCGGCAACUGA